AUGACAUUAACAAAAUAUCAACGAGGUGAACUGAUGGAAGGUUGGAAUGAUUGUCCUGCCAUAAUGAUGCAGGCAUCUAAUAAUUCUAGUUUAACUAGUUUAAGUAGUCGAAAGAGAAAAGUACAACUUACUAGUAUUAGUGAUAAUAGUUUAACUGGUUCUUUACGUUCUUUAGAUCUGAUACUGAUACCUCCACCUCCACCUUCAAGAAGUGUAUCUUCAUCAUUCACUACUCAAGUUCCACCACCUCCACCAUCAAGAUCUGUUUCUAUAUCUUCUACUAUUACAAGUGUAUCAGAAAUAGAACAUGAAUCUAAAACAAUAAAUAAAUUAGACUUAAUAGAAUUAUUAGAAAAAACUUUAAAAUUUACCAAUACAAUGUCUGAACGGGAAUCACAAUUAUGUAAAUCAAAAUUAAUGACACAAUUUGAUAUACUAUCAAAUCAGCAUUUAAUAUUUAUUAAUGAAAUUUUGAAAACUAUCACUGAUUCAACUAUAGAUUCUUUAUUAUUAACUAAAGUUAAGAAUGAUAUUAUUCAAUAUAUGAUGAUUAAUGAUGGAACUAGUGCAUGGUGUACUCCAUUAAAAAAGAUAAUUAUUAGUAUAAAAAGUUAA